CACUGCCACCCACUUGUUAGCUUUCUUCACAGAUGAUUGGCAUUGACGAAAUCUUGAAGCGACGGUUCCUGGAAACUAUCAAGUCAGUGCAGCCGGCUGGACGGUGGAAAAUCGUCGUGGUGGAUUCCCGGUCGCUGAAGAUCCUUAGCUCGGCUUGUAGGAUGUACGAUAUUCUCGAAGAAAAUGUGACCCUCGUGGAAAACAUCGAAAAACAAAGACAACCUUACCCCAAUCUCGAAGCCAUUUAUAUCCUCACGCCUUGCAUCGAAUCAGCUUCCCGACUUGUCGAUGAUUUCGCAAGAAAGGGCGGUCCCAUGUAUGCUGCUGCUCAUGUCCAUUUCACAAGUGGUCUCGAUAAUAAGGUGUUUGAAGAGCUGACCAGAAAAUUGCGAGUGUCCGACGUUUCGAACUACAUUCAGUCAUUGAAGGAAAUGUAUGUCGACUUUUACAUUCGAGAAUCCGCCGUAUUCUCUUUAAAUAGUCAUCAUCACUUUGCGCAUUUGUUCGGAAAGGAGUCAGCAUCCAGUAACCGAACAAGCUCAGCUGGCAAAUUGGAAGCCAACUUGGACGACAUUGCCAAGCAGAUCUUAUCCGUAUGUGCUACUGUGGGAGAAAAUCCUUUGAUCCGUUAUCAUCGACCUUUGGAUGUCAAGGGUACUGUCAACAGAAAUAUACCAUGGCAUUUAGCCAAGCUUGUACAACAAGAACUCGAUAAUUUUUGUAAAUUGAACCCUGAGUUUCCGCCAUCGCGAGAUCCUCCGCUUCCUCGUGGUACUCUCAUUAUCCUGGAUCGCACGAUUGACCAUCUUUCGCCAUUCCUCAAUGAAUUCACGUAUCAGGCUAUGAUGACUGAUUUGCUCAAUGUUGAGGAGAGUCCAUUAGGCUUAAAGUACUCGUACGAGUAUGUCCAAGAGGAUGGAUUGACGGCAUCCAAGGAAAUCGUACUGGACGAGCAGGACUCGGUUUAUACAUCUAUACGACACAUGCAUAUUGCUAAUACCACCGAGCGACUUAUUGAAAGUUUUAACGAAUUCAUUGCCCAGAACAAAGGCUCUGGCGGUUCGUCCAAAGUACGAAGUUUGAAUGACAUGAAAGAGGUGAUGGCCAAUUUGCCACAAUUUCAAGAAAUGAAGUCCAAGUUCAAUGCACAUAACCUGGACACAAUUGGUUUGACACAGCAGAACCUUGCCUGUGGUGAAACGCCAGAUGGAGGUAGCAUCAAACAUAUUGAGGAAGAGAUGUUGCCUGUUUUGGAUGACCCUUAUACUAGCCAGUACGACAAAACCCGUUUGCUCAUGUUAUGGAUAGCAUCUUCGGAAGGCCAGGUUGAUGAAGAUAAGAAGCAAAACCUUUUGGCGCAUGCUCGACUUGAUCAAGAAUACAAGGAUGCCAUUGAUAAUCUGUCCCUUCUUGGGGUCCAACUGUCAAAGUCAGCCAACAAACAGGGCGAAAAGUCAAAGAAGGAAAAGAAGAAGCAGGAUAGCUCUCAAGAGGUUCCAUUUGAUCUCUCUCGCUAUGUGCCUGUGGUUAAGCGUGUCAGUGAAGCUCAUCUGAAGGGAACAAUUGAUCACAGCUUAUUCCCUUUGAUUCGAGUAGCUGAACCGGAAAGCAAAAACCAGGAUACUAAAACUGGAAAAAAGCAAAUCCCUCAACUACGAGUGUAUCAUACCAAGUGGCACAAGAAGACGGGUGGAAGCAAUGCUGGACCCAAGCCUCCUUCAGGCCCUCCUAUUAUCAUUUUUGUAGCCGGCGGCAUCACCUACUCUGAAAUCAGAUCCGCCUAUGAGCUCGCUGAAGCCUAUGAUCGCGAAGUGUAUAUCGGAUCCACCCAUAUCAUAACGCCGAAUCAAUUUAUAGACGACUUGAAGUCGUUGGACCGACCAUCCCUUCCUGCUAAGUCUGAGGUACCAGCCUAUGCUGCUGCUGCUGCUACUACUACUACUCCAGCAUCUACUGGCAAGUCUUUACCACCGAGAACCUCUAGUAGUCAGCCUGCUAGCUCCAAACUAAAUUUGAAAAAGUGGUAAUAAAGUGAUGGAAAUGGUGAACGUGGCGUUAUAUGAGUAUUCAUUUUUUUUUCUA